GGUGAUCCAGCUAGUGGGCAUCGUGAUGGCGGGCGUGGCAUCUGCCACUGACUACCCUGCCACGUGGGCUCUUGCAGAUCACGGCACGGUCCCAGCCGCUACCGUCUACGCCAUGACCGAUUCCUCCAAUGAUGCCCAGCUUCCCGGCACGAUGAGUUCCGGCGAUGUUAACGGUGAUGGCAUCAACGACUUCGCCUACGAGUUUCCUGCCGGCACUUUCAACGUGCACUUCGGAGGCAUCUCUGCAGACUUGGAUCUCGACAGCAAUUCUUACACUGGCUCCAAUGGCUUCAGCAUCGUCACCGGUCAGACCGGCCAUAUUUGGGGCACCAUCGCCGGCGACGUCAAUCAGGAUGGCUUCAACGACGUGUUGUUCUUCCACGAGGCGUCCACUUCCGUCAAAAUCGUCUUCGGCAAGGCUAGUGGCUGGAGCGCUUCCUACACCGUUGCGAGCAUGACGUGGGAUGGCACGGACGGCCGUGAGUUGACCUACACAGGCGAUAGCGACUUUGCAGAUAGUUCCUACGGCGGUAGCCAGCCGCAGAUCCUCAGUGGAUUUGACAUCAACAACGACGGCAUUGACGACAUCGCCGUCGUUUCGGGGGGCAUCAGCAACAGUGGUCGAGUAAGCAUUUUCUUCGGCAAAAGCACAUGGUCCGCAUCGGUGGACGGCUCCACCGACUUUGAUGGCACCAGUACCGGCUUCUCCUUCGUGGAUGCUGCAAAUACCAUGUUGGGACGCGGCCUGACUGUGGGAGACUUCAACGGAGAUGGUAUUGACGAUGUCGUGGCCUCAAGCAGAAGCCAACAACCGUUCGGCGGGACUGGUUGCAUCUACGUACUGUAUGGAGGUGGUACGUACUCGGCCUCCAUUGCCGACAUUUAUGCUCAUGUCGAUGGCACCACUGGCUUCCGGCUGUGUGGGCCAGCAGACAACACCUAUAUCGGGGACUACUUCGUGACCUCGACAGACUUCAACGGCGACGGCAUCUCCGACCUGCUGUUCGCAGGGCGAGGCAGCCAGGCGGGCAUGUACCUUCUCUUCGGCAAGGCAUCCUUUGCCGCGAGUCUGACUCUGCCGCUCGCAAGCGGUGAGG